AUGUCGGAACAGAGAGAAGAUGAUGUUUCUCGAACUCGACCUUCAUUCCUUCAACAUUUGGAUUCGAUUGAAAUACCUUCCUCCAUUCAACAAAAGCUCACUUCUCAUCGAGUGAAUCAUUUGAAGUCAUUCCUGAAAGAGGAGUCAUGCAACAAUAAUAAUAAUAACCAUCCACGAAUGAUGGUCUCAAAUCCACCACCACCACCACAUCUGGAUCGAUGUCAAUCGUCAUCACAUCAUCCUCCUCGCAUUCGUUCAGCAAACAUUUUUUUAAAUGAUUACUUGGAUUGUCAAACAAGUCCACUUCUGGACAAUUUUGUCAUGAAUUUGCAAACUCCAACUUUAAGAAUGGUCAAUUCACAAAGUUGGAUGAAAGAGUUGAGGCAAGAAAUUGGAGAAGUGUCACUUUCACAACUGAAAAUGCCAGCCACUCACAACAGUGCAUCGUACAAUGUGAGCUCGAAUCAAGAGUAUGGUGUCGAUGUCAAUUAUGACAGUACCAUGAUGUUGAUUCCUCAAAUGGCCAAGUUGUUUAAGAUGUAUGGUGUGAAUCCUGAGAGAAUUAAGCAAUUUGUUGCUCCAUGGUUUAAAAAUCAAGAAUGUUCUAUUUUGCAGCAAUUGAAACAUGGAAUUCGACAUUUGGAUCUUCGUUUGUGCAAAGCUGAGAGUUCGGAUGGAAUAAGAAAUAACAAAUUCUGGGCCUGUCAUGGAUUAUUGAGUGCCAAGUUUUCAACAAUUUUUGAACAAGUGAAAAAGUUUCAUUUAGAAAAUCCAUAUGAAGUUGUCACACUUGAUAUUAAUCAUAUUUAUGGAUUUAAUAAUGAGAUGGAUCAUUUAGAAUUUUUGAACAUGACACAUGAAAUAUUAGGAAGUGGCUCUAUCAUAGAUCCAUCAACAAUCUCCACUAAUGCCACACUCACUUCCAUUUGGAAUGCAUCUUCGAGUUCAAGAAUAUUCAUCUUUUACAAUCAUCAAGAAAUCAUUCGAAAAUAUGGAUCCAAGUACAAACUUUUUGCAAGUUCAUCCAUUUCGACACCUUGGGUUAAUAAGCAACAAAUGUCUGCAUUGUAUCAAGAAAUUUUGUCACAACUAACUGCUAGAUCCCAUUUGGAUCGAAGAUUUGUUUCACAGAUUUUACUGACGCCUAAUUUGGGCAUGAUGGUCGACGGCUUGUUUGAGAAACCACAUUCUGUAAGAGAAUUGGCUGAAAUGAAUUAUGGAAGUAUUCCUCAAUGGAUUAAGUUAUCUGCUCCAAAUUCAAAAUUGAAUAUUGUGAACACAGAUUACUACAAUUUGAAUGGAAGACAAUUUAUCACACAAGUGAUCUCACAAAAUUUUAACUAA